GAUGCGUUAAAAGCCUUUCUGCUUCUACUCAUGUCGCCUAUAAGCCUUGCCAAUGUUGCCGACAUUUCUUCAUCCGAUGAGUACAACACUUGUGAACGGAUACGGAGUUGCUGUUUGUUAAAGGCGUUUCGUAAGCAUUCCAUGAGUAUGUCUCUAAUAUCACAAAUAUAUUAUCGUAUUUCAAGCCUAGUCUUGAUAAUAUUCGAAGCGCUUCAUUUGAUUGAGACUCAGUGUCGACGCAAGAUAGACGUUGUGAUAUGUGAGACAACGAAUG